AUCGGCGAAGAAAUCGCUAAGAAAUGCACGCUCUUAUUUAAUGAAAAAAUAUUUCAAAAAACAUGUUUAGCAUAUUGUGAAAAAAUGCUGAAAAAAAUCAUCGUUUGUGUAAACGUCUUAUUAAUAUGCUGGGGUGCAAAGCAACCUCACUAUUACCGACCAGCGAUGCAAGAUGAAACUUACGAUAUGUUAUACGAUAGAGCGAGACCAAUAAAUGAAAAAUUUGAAGAUGUACGACUCGAUAUUUACACGUUUCCGGAAUGUCCUCAGUCUGAAGCGAAUCUUACAAUAUACGAUGGCGAGGUUACAGUAUACACAGAGGAUGCUUUACCACAUCGGAUGUUCAGAGAGCCAUUUGAUUUAUCGUGGAAUUGCAGCAAAGAUAAACUGUACACUAUGUUUUUCACAAAUUUGGAAAGUAAUCGAACAUUUUGGAUUUAUAAACAAUUCCAACAUUGGCUGGUGUAUGAUAUUAAAGAAUGUAAUUUGACAAAGGGGGAGAAUUUGCUGCCUUAUCAACGAGUAGCUGGACAAAUGGAUAAAAUGUAUCAUUUGUAUACGGUGUACGUUUUUGAACAACGCGGUCCUCUCAACUUGACAAUGUUUCAUAAGCAACCAUACGAUAAAAAAACGCUCAGAAAACAAACUCAGAUUAAAAGUUUCGUUUAUCACCAUAAAAUGAUUGGUCCUGUCGCUGGAACAUUUUUCUAUUCGUACUUGUAAUUGGCAGAAUUCGUUUCAGAUUACUCAUCCCUUCGAGAGUAUAAUUUAAACAGACUUUAUGAUAUCGGGAAAUUAGCUCAAGUCGAGUUGAAAGAUUGGAUUUUGAUAAAAAUACGUAAGAAAAUUCAAAUUGCAGAAAAUAAAUGAUCGAUUAAUGUUUUUCCUUGACCAAAAAAAGCAUAAUUUCAUUGUCUCAGAAAUUCUCAUUUUUUCAGAAAUUUCCAAAACGGUAAAAAAAACACACUUCAAGAUUUUGUCAAGAGAAAGCGGGGGAGGGACGGUCAAAAUUGCAUACUUGAGUCAAUUUUUUGCUUUUCUAAUGUUUUCAGAUAUUCUAAGAUUUUUUUGAGGGGGAGGUGUCAAGAAUACCUACUUCACUAUUUCAAUUUAUUAUUGGCAGGACGUUAAUAUUAGCAAGCACUUUAAUAAUUUCUCAGGAGAGGAGCCAAAAAAUUUUACAUGCAACAUUUUUUGUUUUUCAAAAUGUAAUCGAUUCAAUUUAUUGUUUGAGGAGAGGAUAGGAGAAGACUUUUUAAUAAAAAACAGGACCCAAAGAUCAAGCCACAAACAAAAAGCAGCAUUAAAACAGGUCUUUCCUUUGAUUGUUGCUGUCCAAAUUCAAAGAUGUGAAAAACCAAAUCUCUGUUUGAAACACAUUUUAAUCAGAAUCAAUCAUUUAAAAAUUUUAUGUAAAAUACCAGAAAAAUAAAUUGUGAAAAAUUCCAUAAAAUAAGCUAAUAAAAUUAAACCACAUAUUUUUAGAAGCAAUUGAAAUG